ACCGGGACGGAGGUAGUAGAAUUUUACAUUCAAAAAAAGAAAGGCUAAAGGGUCAAAUAGGCCCUUGAACUGAUUUAAAGUGUUCAAUUAGCCCCUUAUAUAAGAGGUUCUGCCCGGCCGUCGCCAAUUGGAGCGGUUCCCGGUGGAAUUUUUUGAAGAAUUUUUUUGAACAUCUUCUUCAUGAAGUCUAGUUUACCCAUACAAAAUUUCAGCUAAAAAUUCAAUCUGGAGACAGUCAAAUAAUUUUAACUUCGCAGUUAUCAAUACUCCAAUCUUACAAACCACAUGGCACUUGUCUAUAUUUCCCGAAUCAGACACACUAAACUAUCAAAUAUGAUCCGCCAGAUGUAAUCACAAAUUCCGAACUUCAGAAGCAACUAUCCUCUCCAUUGUCCUCCCAAACCCCAAUCGGUUUUCCUCAUUUUUAUCCUGUGGUGAAAUGGUUUCGCCGGAAAAUACCGAUUGGCUUUACGAUUACGGGGUCGAAGAUAUCCCGAUCCCUGAUGCAAAUUUCUCGGGUUUGGGAACUGGUUUCUGCUUGCCCGUGCCUCCCUUGAAUGACUCUACUGCCAGUGCUGAACUUGAUGGAUCAUUUGGGGAUUCUGAUGGCCCAAACGAAACUGGCUCCAAAAAACGGCCAAGAGCUGAAAGUUGUGGCUCAUCAAGUUCCAAAGCAUGCAGGGAGAAGUUGAGGAGGGAUAGGCUAAAUGAAAAGUUUAUGGAAUUGGCUGCACUCCUUGAUCCAGGCAGGCCUCCUAAAACAGACAAAUCUGCUAUCCUAGUUGAUGCUGUGCGUGUGGUGACACAGCUACGUGAUGAAGCUAAGAAGCUAAAGGACUCCAAUUUGAAUCUGCAAGAAACAAUUAAGGAGUUGAAGUCCGAGAAAAAUGAACUUAGAGAAGAAAAGCAGAGGCUGAAGGCCGAGAAAGAGAAGUUAGAGCAGCAACUGAAGACCAUGAAUGCACAACCUGGUUUCAUAUCUCCUGCCAUACCAGCUGCUGCUGCGUUUGCCGUUCAUGGUCAUGCAACUGGAGCUAAUUUGGUGCCUGUCAUCAGCGGCUAUCCAGGGGUAGCAAUGUGGCAGUUCUUGCCUGACACCUCUCAGGACCAUGUUUUCCGAUCUCCAAUGGCUUAAACACUGUAGCUAUCACUGAUAAAGUUGGGUUUACCUGGUGCUUUAAUUUUCCAAUGAAUUUAUAACUGCUCAGUUUCAUUGUACUCCGUAACAUUUAGGUUUCAGUUCUUAACUUUGUUUGAUGAAUGCCAUACGAUUCUUCCAUCUUCCCUGAAAAUGUAAGAAUGUGAUAUUUCACACCACGGACUGGAUGCUGGUUUUAUUUGUAAAUGUAAACAAUUUAACCUGUAUUUGAGAUGUUAAUGGUCGUGAUUUAUUAUUUUGUGUGUUGUUUCUUUUCAUUUUGUUGGUUUCAAGUGAAUGAUUUGUCAGACUUUGUCAUA